CGGCCGGUGACCAUGAAGCCGGGCCCGCCGUCCUCCUCCUCCCUGGAGCUGGCCGAGGGGCCCCCGGGCCCCCAGGAGUCGGAGCCCGGGGCCCCGGGACCCCCCAACCCCGAGCCCGCCCGGCCCCGCCUCAGCCUCGACCCCCGCGUGUCCAUCUACAGUGGACGGAGACCCCUCCUCGCCCGCACCCACGUCCAGGGGCGCGUCUACAACUUCCUCGAGAGGCCCACCGGCUGGAAGUGCUUCGUCUAUCACUUCGCCGUCUUCCUCAUCGUGCUGAUCUGUCUCAUCUUCAGCGUCCUCUCCACCAUCGAGCAGUACGUGGUGCUGGCCACGGGGACUCUCUUUUGGAUGGAGAUCGUGCUGGUGGUGUUCUUCGGGACGGAGUACGUGGUUCGCCUCUGGUCCGCUGGUUGCCGCAGCAAAUACGUGGGGCUUUGGGGCCGCCUGCGCUUCGCCAGGAAACCCAUCUCUGUCAUUGAUCUGAUUGUGGUCGUGGCUUCCAUGAUCGUCCUGUGCGUGGGCUCCAAGGGUCAAGUGUUCGCCACCUCGGCCAUCAGGGGUAUUCGCUUCUUGCAGAUUUUGCGGAUGUUGCACGUGGACCGGCAGGGGGGCACGUGGAGACUCCUGGGGUCGGUGGUCUUCAUCCACAGGCAGGAGCUGAUCACCACCCUGUACAUCGGCUUCCUGGGCCUCAUCUUCUCGUCCUACUUCGUGUACCUGGCCGAGAAGGACGCCGUCAACGAGUCCGGCCAGAUGGAGUUCGGGAGCUACGCCGACGCGCUCUGGUGGGGCGUGGUGACGGUGACCACCAUCGGCUACGGCGACAAGGUGCCCCAGACCUGGAUCGGGAAGACCAUCGCCUCCUGCUUCUCCGUCUUCGCCAUCUCCUUCUUCGCCCUGCCCGCGGGCAUUCUCGGCUCAGGCUUCGCUCUCAAGGUGCAGCAGAAGCAGAGGCAGAAACACUUCAACCGGCAGAUCCCGGCGGCCGCGUCGCUCAUUCAGACGGCCUGGAGGUGCUACGCGGCGGAGAACCCCGACUCCUGCACGUGGAAGAUCUACAUCCGGAGACCCACCCGCAAUCACCACCUACUGUCGCAGAGCCCCAAGUCCAAGAAAUCAGCCGUGGUGAAAAGGAAGAAAUUCAAGCUGGAGAAGGAUAACGGCGUCGGUUCUGGAGAGAAGAUGCUAGCCAUCCCCCAGAUCACCUACGACCGUGUCUCGGAGGACAGAAAAUCCGAACAUUUCUCCAUCGACGGAUAUGAAAACUCGGUGCGGAAGAGCCAGUCGCUGCUGGAAGUGUCCGCCCGCCCCUUCGGGCGCACGAACAGCUUCGCCGAUGACCUGGACCUAGAAGGCGAGACCCUCCUGGCCCCCCUCACUCACGUCUCUCAACUUGGGGAACACCACCGGGCGGCCAUCAAGGUGAUUCGUCGCAUGCAGUACUUCGUGGCGAAGAAGAAAUUUCAGCAAGCGAGGAAGCCUUACGACGUGCGGGACGUCAUCGAACAAUACUCCCAAGGCCAUCUCAACCUCAUGGUGCGGAUCAAGGAGCUGCAAAGGAGGCUGGACCAGUCCAUUGGAAAGCCAUCUUUCUUCAUCUCCGUCUCAGACCACCCGCCCUCGGGCCGAGCCCCCAGCCCGUCCGGCCCAGGACUCCCACCCCGGAGGGGGGACCAGGACGCUUGGGGAGAUGGAGAGAAAAGCAAAGACCGGGGAAAUAAUUCCAUCGGCGCCAGGCUCAACCGACUGGAAGACAAGGUCAUCCAGAUGGACCAGAAGCUCAACGUCAUCACCGACCUCCUCCAGCGCCUGGUCGCCCUGCAGUCGGGGGGUGGCCGGUCCCCCCCGCCGGCCGGCCGGGCCCACCCUGAUCCCCACCUGCCCAGCAGCCCCCUCCCCACCUACGAGCAGCUGACCGGCCCCCGGAGACCCCCACAGAACCGCAGCUCCUGAUGACCGGCGCCUGGAGCCUUGGACCUCUCCCCAUCCUGGGCCGCCCCGAAUCCUCCGCCACCGCCUCCUCCGCCCGAGGACCCCCAGACCCGCGGCUCAGGGAGCCGGCCGGGGGGCGUCUCCGGCCUCUGGACCGGACACUCAGACUUGGGGGAGAAGGAGGGGAGGCCGUCUCUUCCCCUCCACCCCCACCUCCUCUCCCCGCUCUGUCCCAAUUUGCUCCCUUCAACUGGGCUCGAGUGAGGAGUGAGCAAAUAAUAAUAAUUAUUAUUAUUACGGUA